UCCUCCCCUCGCCCGCUGACCGGUCUGUGGAGCGGCCGGCGGGGCAUGCCAGCCGCGUCCCGCUGAAUGGCGCCGCUCCGCCGCCGGCCGCUGCUGCGGCCGCUGCUGCUCCUGCUGCCGCUGCCAGGAGUGUGGUGCUUUAGUGAACUGUUUUUUGUGAAAGAGCCUCAGGACRUUACUGUCUCAAGGAAGGAUCCGGUGGUUUUAGACUGCCAAGCGCGUGGUGAAGCUCCUAUAACUAUUACAUGGCUGAAAAAUGGAGGCAAAGUGUCUGAAAAUGAACGGAUCUACACUUUAUCCAAUGGCUCGUUGUAUAUCAGUGAGGUAGAAGGAAAGAAGGGAGAACUGUCUGAUGAAGGAUUUUACCAGUGCUUAGCUCUGAACAAAUAUGGAGCUAUUCUCAGUCAAAAAAGCCACCUCACACUAGCAACCAUUUCUGCAUUUGAAGUCCAGCCACUUUCRACUGAAGUCCAAGAAGGCGGAGUGGCUCGAUUUGCCUGUAAAAUAACAGCAAACCCCCCUGCCACUGUGACAUGGGAAGUGAACAGAACAACUUUACCUUUAGUCAAGGACAGGAUAACUGUUCUGCCUACAGGAGUGCUCCAGAUCUAUGGAGUUGAGCAGAAAGAUGCUGGUUAUUACCGAUGUGUUGCCACAACAGCAGCCAAUAGGCGUAAAAGCACCGAGGCAGUGCUGAGUGUUAUUCCAGCCUCAGACUUGAAGCCUUUUCACAAGCCAUCUAUAAUAGCUGGUCCUCAAAACAUUACAGCAUCUCUUCAUCAAACUGUCAUACUGGAGUGUGUAGCCACAGGGAAUCCAAAGCCAAUCAUCUCAUGGAGCCGGUUAGACCAUAAAUCCAUCGAUGUCUUCAACACCCACAUCCUGGGCAAUGGGAACCUCAUGAUCUCUGAUGUGAAGGUGCAGCACGCAGGUGUCUACGUGUGUCGGGCCACGAUUCCCGGCACUCGCAACUUCACGGUGGCGAUGGCAACUCUCACUGUGCUGGCUCCACCUUCAUUUGUGGAAUGGCCAGAAAGCUUAACAAGGCCCAGAGCUGGUACUGCUCGUUUUGCUUGUCAAGCAGAAGGAAAUCCUGCCCCCAAAAUUUCAUGGUUGAAAAAUGGAAGGAGAAUACACUCCAAUGGUAGAAUAAAAAUGUAUAACAGUAAAUUGGUGAUUAACCAGAUCAUUCCUGAGGACGAUGCCAUUUACCAGUGCAUGGCUGAGAACAGCCAGGGCUCCAUCCUGUCCCGGGCCAGACUGACGGUGGUSAUGUCGGAGGACAGACCCAGCGCACCCUACAACGUCCACGCUGAGACCAUGUCGAGCUCAGCAAUCCUGCUGGCCUGGGAGAGGCCUCUCUACAACUCAGACAAAGUCAUUGCAUACUCUGUGCAUUACAUGAAAGCAGAAGGUUUAAAUAAUGAAGAGUACCAAGUGGUCAUUGGAAAUGAUACAACCCAUUACAUUAUUGAUGACUUGGAGCCAGCCAGCAACUACACCUUCUAUAUUGUGGCUUACAUGCCUCUGGGAGCCAGUCAGAUGUCAGAUCAUGUGACUCAGCACACCCUUGAAGAUGUUCCCUUGAGAGCUCCUGAGAUCAGUUUGACGAGCAAGAGUCCUACAGAUAUUCUGAUAUCCUGGCUGCCAAUUCCUGCGAAAUACAGGAGGGGCCAGGUGGUGCUGUACCGUCUGUCCUUCCGCCUCAGCACUGAGACCAAAAUCCAAGUGCUGGAGCUCCCCAGCUCUUUGGAUGAGUAUUUGCUCGAGGGUCUGGAACCCGACAGCGUUUACUUGGUUCGGAUCACCGCUGCCACGAGGAUUGGCUGGGGAGAGGCRUCGCUGUGGACCUCGCACCGAACUCCCAAAGCCACAAGUGUCAAAGCUCCCAAGUCUCCUGAGCUGCGUUUGGAGCCCAUGAACUGCACAACCAUCGCGGUGCAGUGGCACCAGGACUCUGAGGACACCGCAGCGGUCCAGGGAUACAAACUCUACUACAAGGAGGAGGGGCAGCAGGAGAAYGGCCCAAUUCUGCUGGAUGCCAGMGACCUGGAAUACACUGUCAGUGGCUUGGAUCCUAGAAGAAAAUACCAUGUGAGGCUGCUGGCAUACAACAGUAUGGAAGAAGGUUAUCAGGCUGACCAAACAGUCAGCACUCCAGGAUGUGUCUCUGUUCGUGACCGCAUGGUGCCACCCCCGCCGCCUCCUCACCACGUCUAUGCCAAAGCUAACACCUCAUCCUCCAUCUACCUCCACUGGGGAAAGCCAGCCUUCACCUCAGCUCAGCUCAUCAACUACACCGUGCGCUGCAACCCCGUGGGGCUGCAGAACGCCUCGCUGGUUCUCUACCUCCAAACGUCAGAGACUCAUAUGUUGGUUCAAGGUCUUGAGCCAAAGACCAUGUAUGAAUUUGCAGUUCGACUGCAYGUGGACCAGCUCUCCAGUCCUUGGAGUCCUGUAGUCUACCACACUACCCUCCCAGAAGCACCAUCUGGCCCUCCAGUAGGAGUGAAGGUGACUUUGAUAGAGGAUAAUACUGCUUUGGUUUCCUGGAAGCCACCUGAUGGUCCUGAAACAGUUGUUACACGUUACAUUAUCCUCUAUGCAUCCAGGAAGUCUUGGAUUGCUGGGGAAUGGCAAGUGUUGCACAGAGAAGGAGCAAUGACCAUGGCUUUGCUGGAAAACCUUGUAGCAGGAAACAUAUAUUUGGUGAAAAUAGCAGCCUCCAAUGAAGUGGGAGAAGGACCCUUCUCAAAUGCAGUGGAAUUUGCCGUCCUGCCAAAGGAGRCAUCAGAGUCUAACCAGAGACCUAAACGCUUGGAUUCUGGAGAUUCCACAACUUAUUCUGACUAUUACCAUCUGGACCAGAAAUCAAUGACUGGCAUUGUUGUUGGGGUUUGCAUAGCCUUAACCUGCAUCCUUAUCUGCAUCCUGAUCUUAAUUUAUCGCAGUAAAGCCAGGAAAACAUCUGCUCCUAAGCCUGUGCAGCAAAGCACUGACCAGCUGUCACGUACCAGCAUCUCAUUAGCCAGUCCUAAUGAGGUAGAGAAGAAUAUUGAAGGAAUUGCAGAGAAUGAAGAAUCCUUAUUGCCAAUGAUAGUGGGCAACAGCUUCAUCGAUGCGAAGGGAGGAUCCGAUCUGAUUAUUAACAGCUAUGGGCCUGUCACAAAAACUAAUGGCAAGAAAAGGUGGCUGUUCUUCCAGGAUGCUAAGAAGGUGAAGACUGAGGAGCCCCAGAGGAGCUUCGUGCAGGCGGUGUGUCUGUACCAGCCCGGCCCCACGGUGCUGCUCGGCUCCCCCGGCUCCCCUGGCCAGCAGCCCGGCUUCCCGGUGCCCUUCAGCGUGGCRGCCGACACGGAGCACUCGGCCAACAGCGAGGGAAGCCACGAGACUGGCGACUCCGGAAGGUUUUCUCACGAGUCAAACGAUGAGAUCCACCUGUCCUCAGUGACRAGUGUCACCCCUCCUGGCUGCAGCCCUCUGGCCAGCAGUGACUCGGGUACGAGCGCGGGCAGCCCGGCCACGAGCGGCUGCACCGAGACCCCGCUGCUGUUUGCUGCUGAGCACAGUCCCAGCUGCCCCCUGCAGAUACAGCCCCUGGUGCCCAACUGACACCCGGGGCUGUGCUGGACAUUCUGUGUGUGUCUGUUCGAAGGACAAUGAACAGGGAGCCAAAGUUUUAUUGUGGAAAGCCUGACUAACCUAGCAGGUGAUCCAUAGUUAUGUUGAAUGUUUUCCUUUGUUUUGGUUUGUUUUUUUAAAGCUCACUCAUUUUGAAUGUUCAGUAGUCAAAAAAUGUGAAAGGAGUGAAGAUUUCUGACUAAAGUUAAAAAUAUGUCACUGGAGCAAAGGGAAGGCUGUUGGCCCUUUUGCUGACUAUCUACCUCAGUUUGCCGAGAGGUGAACUCUGAAUGAUGACUGCUUUACCUCAUUUGUGUUCUAGUUGGUCUCAGCUAUGGAACUGAUGAUACUUCCUAGUAGUGUUGUUU